AUGGCGCAUCCUUACUCGUACGACCUCGUCGGCGGGCGCGUGGAAGAAGAGCGCGACAACGAGCGCCCGCCGCCUCGCCGCCCGCGUCGCGCGGCGCGGCAGGACGUCUACGCGGUGCCGCCGACGCCGGAGGUCCCGGGCGCGGUGACGGGGGAGCAUCGCGACGGGCGCGCGACGUCGCGCGAUGCGAACGAUCUCGACGCGAACGCGACGAGCACGUCGUCCGCGCCGCGUCCGGUCGCGUCCCCGCGCCCGACGACGCUGAGAAGGCGCGAGGACGCGCCGCUCGCGAGCGCGCCGCCGCCGCCGCCGCGCCCCGGGCCGGCGACGCGAGGAGACGACGCCGGCGGACCGGAAUCGACGCUCGCGCGCUCGUCGCUCGGCGGCGGCGAUUCGACGACGACGCCCGUGCCGGUGUCCGCGCGGGAUCGGCGAGGCGCGGUCGCGACGCUCUCAGCGGGAUCGAGCGGCGGGUCGUUGCGAAACUCCGUCGCCGCCGCGCCGAGCGGCGGCAGCGACCGGUUGCGAGAUUCCACCGCGUUGCGAGAUUCCACCGCGCGCGACAGAGACAGAGCGGACAGAGAGCUCGCGAGACACAGCAAGGCGAUGGCGAGGCAGUCCGCGAGCGCGAGCAAGAUCCUCUCCAGGGCGUCCACGAUGGAGAACGAGGGGAAGAGCAAGUCCGAGAUCUUGAUGGAGACGGCGAUGUUACAGCGGUUGGCGGUGAGGAAAGAAGAGAAGCGCGAAGCGCGACGCGAGGCGCGAAGAUCCGAGGCUCGGAUGUCGCGCGCGUCGCGCGCGAGCCGCUCGAGCAACGUCAGCAGCGCGAGCGUCGCGUCAUCGGACGACUCCGUGGGUUUCUUCGACUUCAACCGCGUGGACCGUUCGAGGAGUAGCAUGUCGAGGUCUUCGAAAGCGAAGAGCGGCGGAGGGUAUUUCGACGAAGAGGAAGAGGACGAGUACGUCGACAGCUCCGACUUCGACAGCUCCGACUCCGACUCCGACGACGAAGACCUCUCGGACGAACACACGCGGCUCUUAUAUCUCGUCUCGCUGUACAACUCGAAACGCGCGGAGGAGGACGACCCGGACGCGGACGACGAGGGCAUGAACAAAAACGUGUGGCUGCGCAAAGUUCCGUUGCUCGUGCUCGUGUACGAAGCCGUGAUCGCCGAAGUGUUGGAUUUCGAUUACGCGCCCGCGCCGGACAUCGUCGCCGGGUCGCGCGUGUACAUGAACGUCUCUCAGGAAGGCCGCGACCACUUGGACACGCUUCGAGAGGCGGGGUUUUUGUACGGCCUGAAGCUCUCGUCGAAAAAGUACCAGAGCACGGUCGCGUUGAGGAUAACGUCCUUGGGGGAGGAGUUUUUGGAGAAGAAACUCACGGACGAGAUGCGCGAGCAGGUGCACAAGGUCGCGUACCCGCCCGGGGCGAGCCCGUGCGAGGAAAACCUGCUGAAGGUAACCUGGGACGCGGAAGAGGGCGCGUUCAUGCUGGUGAACAAAAACGGGUACUCGCGCGCGAGCACCAUCACGGACAUCGAGGACGUGUCGUACGUCUCGUCGCCGUACCUCCCCGCGUCGUUGCGGCGGUGGGGUCGGGAGAACAAACGGAACGACGGCCGCGUGGACGAUCUCAAGGGCGCGGUGAAUAACAUCAAAGACGAGCUGGACGAAAACAUCACGAUCGACGACGUGAGGAUUUUGAUCGGCGAGUGGAUCCCCAUGGGCGCGAACCAGAUGGUCGCGCUCAACGAUAAGCUCGGCAGCAGCGAACGCGUCCAGGGCGGCUUCUUCACGAGCGUCGUCGAUCUCAACCCGGACAGCUCGGAGUUCAUCGGCGAGAGCGAAGGUCUGACCGAGGUGGACAUCCUAGACUUCGACGAGACCGCGUUCGUGAACUUCGAAGCGGAGGUGCACUUCCCCGAGGACGAGGGCAUCGUCCAGGUUGAGAUGUUCGGUGUGCACAUCCACUGCGAAGGCCACUUAAUAUACGGCAUGGAGUGCGAAGCCGUGGAGACCUCGGGAGGGAGGGAAAAGAUCUCGUUGGACAACCUCUCGCGGCUCCUCGUGGACGUCCACGUGGACUCGUCGAAGAUCAUCGAUAACUUGAUCUCGCCGCACCAGCGCGUGAUGCUCGAUUUGACGUACUUGGGCGACGCGGAGCGACGCGAGAAGUACAACGUGAUCUUGUGCUCGCGGAUUCAGAGUCGGGGCGAGGAGCGCAUGCCCACGGCGGAGGAGUUUCUCGACCGCGGAGAGAACGAGAACGAGAUCAAGCAAGUCAUCGGAGACACGCAGGCGAGCUUUCAGCUCAGCCCGGACGACGAGGUGUUCAUCCUAGGAAAGAACGGGAUGAUCCUGUGCAGCAAGGAUGUCGAACGGUUCGAGCCGCAGAUUGUCGCGUACUUGUCGCUCAUGACGAGGAACAUGUUCAUGCGGUCGCUGUUUCAGCGGACGUUCAUUCUCGCGGACACGCUCAAGUACAUCCGCGAGCUCAUCGAGCACUUCGAGGCGGACCCGAACUCGGUCACGACGAUUCGUAACUUAAUCUCCGAAGCGUCCGGGGACAUCAUCUUACUCUCCGAAGUCCAGAGUUAUCUCGCGGAGUCGCUGGAGGAGGUGGAGAUCCCGGAACCGUGCGACGAUAAAGCGUCCAAACGCCUCGAGAAAAUCUUACACAUCGAGUCCACGCAGAAACGGAUGGUCCGUCGCGUGAACGACAUGUACAAGAACAUCGAAGGCGCGAGAGGCGAGGUGGCGUCGCUGCGAUCGAUGGCGGACGUCGUCACGGAAGGGAAGGAGCUGAAAGUCCAAGAGGCGGUGCAGAACAACACGAAGAACUUGGAGGAUGUGUUUCGCGCCAACGAGCGCGCGAGCAAAUCGCUCGAGAUCAUGCAGGUCGUCCUCGCCGGGUCCCUCGCGUUCGACUGCAUCGACCGCCUGCACGGCUUGUACCUCGGGAUCGCGUCUGACGUCGACUGGUCCGUGGACGCGUUCAAGGUGGUGUACGAAACCCCCGGUCUUCUUCUCCUCGUGAACUUGUUCUGGUGGGCGGUGAUCGGCAUUUUCAUCCAGUCGCUCAUUAAAAAUCUCGCGGAAGUCGCGCGCGGGGUCAUGAGCAUCCGGUACAAGAUCAACCAGAAAGUCGACUGGGACGCGUUCGAGGCGUUCAUGCUCGAGAUGAGCCCGGAGGUGGAGGACGGGGACUCGGACAAGAACACGAACAUCAAGAAGUUCACGUGGGACGAGAAGGACGAAGCGCUGUGGCAAGGACGCCCUCCGCGCAUCGAAGUCACCAUGGACGCGCGCUACCACUUCCUCCUCAAAGCCUUCCUUCAGAUCAGCACGAAGAAGUCCAAGGUGUCGCAAGCGGAGGCGAAGCUGAUUUUUUUCCGACGCUUACGCGACGCCGGCGUGUUAUCCGGAAUCGUGGCCGGGCUCGAGGACGAGCAAGACGUCGAGGAGUGGGCGGAGAAGCAGCGGCGGGCGCAAAAAGAAAACGCGAAGCAACGCGCCGCGCGGCUGCUCGGGGAUUCGUACGAGGUCGAGGAAAUGAAGCUCAAGUCCGCGGGGUUCGCGAAGCACCACGCGCGGUCGUUCAAGGCGAAGACGGAUGAAGAGGACGACGCGCGGUAGAACUAGAUAGAUGUAUUUUGAAACGGCGACUCG